AAACAUAAACUCACACACAAUUUUUUUUUUUUCUAAAAAAAAAAGACACAUCAACAACAUUAUCCCAGAACAAAAUUAAUGAAAGAAUACUAAUACAUGAACAAAUAAAACCCAGAAAAUUUCUACCAAGAAUUGGGAAAAAAAAAAAAAAAGACCCAAAAAUUAAUUUUUUUACAUAAAUUGUGUCCCAAAAGAAAAAAAUAUAGAUGCAAAAAAAGAAAAAAUGUUGAAGAAAACCGAAUUCUGAUAAAAAGUUAUUGUAUGAAUGUCUUCCCCAAUUAGGAGUUCAAAACCGGAUGCCAAAGCCGAAAUGGCCAAAGCCGAUCAAGCAGCCUCCGGCUCCGGCGCCGCCACCACUAGUAGUUCUUGCGCCUCUUCCCCCGACAGCUCCGUUAAGAGUGAAAAGAAAAAGAGGUUUAUAAUUCCUAGGCUUUUUCAAUCUAAGAGAAAUGGUAGAGGAAGCUCAGAGGAUGAUUUACUUAAAUCAGAUGGAGAAGCAUUAGAGAAAAAGAUUGAAGAAAGGAGAAAGGCAUUGAUGGAUGAUGUUCCUUAUAUAAGGAAAAGCUUCUCAGAAAGGGAGAGUAGUUCGGGUAUUGAAAGCCUAAACCUAUCCAACUUUGAACAGUCUAUGGCGCCUGCAACCGAAAUCAAAGAAUUCCGAAUGUUCGUCGGAACAUGGAAUGUGGGAGGAAAGACACCGAACAUUGACCUCAACCUUGAAGAUUUCUUGCAGGCAGAGGGCUCUUCAGAUAUAUAUAUUUUAGGGUUCCAGGAAAUCGUUCCAUUAAGCGCUGGAAACGUUCUUGUGAUUGAAGACAAUGAACCGGCAGUCAAAUGGCUUGGUCUAAUACACCAAGCACUUAACAAACCACAUGCCGAUUCCAUAUUUCCAGAUUUAGAAAAUGCUUCAAAAACAUCGAACAACUUUUCCAAGGACUUGAAAUCACCGGGAAGUACUCUCCCUUUCUUCCAGAAGCCAUCACUGAAAGUUCUAAGCAGGAGUUUGAGAGCGGAUACUACACUUCUCAAGUCUUGCAACUGCCAUGUGGAACUGCUAUCCCACGACAAGAGAAGGCUGAGGAAGCUCAUUGAUCCUGGAAGUAAAUUGGAUUUGGAUUCGGAUGAUCAGUACGAACAAGCUCCAAAGUAUGGAAGUGUAGAUGCAUUCCUUAGGGUUGCGGAUAUACCUUCUUCACGUCCUUCAACCAGCCAGAUGAAUUACCGACUCAUAGCGAGCAAGCAGAUGGUGGGCAUUUUCAUGUCGGUUUGGACUCGAAAAGAGUUGGUUCCUCACAUUGCUCAUCUUAGAAUCUCUUCAGUUGGAAGAGGAAUAAUGGGUUGCCUCGGAAACAAGGGAUGCAUAUCCAUAAGCAUGUCAUUGCACCAAACAAGCUUUUGCUUCGUUUGUAGUCACUUGGCUUCUGGAGAGAAAGAGGGUGAUGAGCUUAAGAGAAACGCAGAUGUAGCCGAGAUACUAAAAAGCACACAAUUCCAAAAGAUUUGCAAAACACCAUGUCGUGCCCCUGAAAGAAUAGUUGAUCACGACCGUGUAAUUUGGCUUGGAGAUUUGAAUUAUCGAGUGUCUUUGAGCUAUGAGGAAACAAGGGGUUUUUUGGAGGAGAACGACUGGGAUACUCUCUUAGAGAAAGAUCAGUUGAAUAUGGAGCGAGAAGCAGGGAGAGUAUUCAAAGGGUUUAAUGAGGGAAGGAUUUUUUUUGCACCGACCUACAAAUACACUCAUAACUCCGACUCUUAUGCUGGCGAAACCGUCAAAUCCAAGAAGAAACGCCGAACCCCUGCAUGGUGUGAUAGGAUCUUAUGGCGCGGAAAUGGAAUUGAACAAUUAUCAUAUAUUCGUGGGGAAUCAAGAUUCUCCGAUCACAGACCAGUUUGUGGAAUAUUUUCAGUGGAUGUAGAAGUAAGGAGCAAAAACAACAGGUUUAGAAAAGGCUUUUCGUGUGCUGCUCCAAGAGUAUUGGAAUACGAUGACUGCAUACCCCAGAGACAUAGUUUAUAUGAGUUUUAAUCCAUCAAAAAACCUCAAGGAAUUGUAUAUUAUGUUAGGGACUUGAGGAAGACUUUUGCCCUACCUUUUUUUUUUUUUUUUUUUUUUAAUUCCUCCAAUUUUUGGUUAAUCUCUGUAAUGUUUUAUGUUUCUUUUCUGUAGAAGCAAAACAAGAAAUAUAUAUAAAUUAAUCACAACUGAUUUUUGGAGAGU